CAUGGACCAUGUCCUGAGAAAAUUCAAUCUCUCUGCUAAUUUGAUGGAGGAUAAAAAGUUCUAUAAAAGAAAUCUCUAAACGAUUUAAAGCUCACUGAGCUAAGACAACAAGUCAGAUACUAAGGUCCCAAAAAUACUAUUGUCUUGUUGUGCUGGGACAGCUUGACAGAAACUACACUAUCUCUGCUAAAAGACCUUUAUUAAGGCAUGGACAAUGUCCUGAGAAAAUUCAAUCUCUCUGCUAAUUUGAUGGAGGAUAAAAAGGGAAUGUAAUAAGGGAAUGUUUUGUCCGGUUAAAAGAUUGUUGUGCUGGGGCAGCUUGACAGAAACUUCAAUAUCUCUGCUAAGACCUUUAUUAAGGCAUGGACAAUGUCCUGAGAAAAUUCAAUCUCUCUGCUAAUUUGAUGGAGAAUAAAAAGUUCUUAUAAGCGAAAGUAAUAAGGGAAUGUUCUUUCCGAUGUCUUGUUGUGCUGGGACAGCUUGACAGAAACGUCAAUAUCUCUGCUAAGACCUUCCUUAAGGUUGGGACAAUGUUGUCCUGAGAAAAUUCAAUCUCUCUGCUUAAACUAUAAGAUUCAAUAAUCUGCAAAUUUGAUGGAGAAUAAAAGUCUAUAUAUAUAAGGCUUCUUUAGUGGCUUUCUAAUAAGGGGAAAGAUCAAGUGUUCGAUUAAAAGCUAUCUUGUUGUAGUUGGGACAGCAAGUUACAUUCUAAUACUCUGCUCUAGAGAAACCUUCAAUCUCUGCCAAGACCAGCCUUUAAGGCUUGUAUAAUGAUGGCUCUACUGAUCGAUGGAAAAAAAGUUCUGCUGUAGCUGGGACAGCAUGUUAACACAUUCAAUAUUCUGCUCUAAAGAAAGCUUCAAUCUCUGCUAGCUUCAGCCUUUAUGGCUUGUACAAUGUUGUCCGAUGAGAAAAUAUUCUGCUGUAGCUGGGACAGCAUGUGAACACAUUCAAGAUUCUGCUAUAUAAAAAAGCUUCAAUCUCUGCUAAGUACAAUAAUGUCAUAAGAAAUUCAAUUCUGCUGAAACUAUAUAAUUCAAUAUUCUGCAAAUUUAAUGGAGAAUAAAAGUCCUUAAUAAGGCUUGUUUAAUGGCUCAGCAAAGAGAUUUCUGCACAACCUCUAUACAGUACUUUGGAAAUAUAGGUAUUGCAGAAAAACCAACGUGAAGACUGCAUCUUUCCCUUCUUUUGAUUAGGUAAUUGUCUUCCCUCUUCUAACACAAGAAAACAUAUUGAAGUUGUGUCGUGUAUGUGUGUAUAAUACUGGACUUUGAAAUUGGAAGUUCGAUACUUUUCAAGCAUAGGAACUAUCAGUUAUUAUCUCUCCAAGUCCAUGCGACGGUAAACUUCUGACUUUGCCAUCCGUUUAUUGUCUAAAUAAAACCCCAUUCACUUCUUUGAAACCAAAGAUAUACCCUAUAAACAUCUCGUACAGUUUUAGAGACUUCGAUAUUUUUAAGCACACAAUUUUACUCUUUGAUUCUUUUAACAUAAUAUGGUUGGAGCUUCUGUGGACUGUGGUGCACGUCGUCUUCAAAACUCCUCUUUCCAGUUAGGUCAGGUAGUUAUCAGGUAUGCAUUCGAUUCCUUAAAUCUACUUGAUACAUUUGUGCAUGCAUUCUUUUUAAAAUUUUAGAAUUGCUGCCUUCAAUUUCUCUCUCUUUUGGCUUCCAUUUUUAGUACUUGUCUGGCUUGCAUGUGUUUUUAAGUUUGUGACAGGUCGCAGGAGGUUCGUUCAAGGUUAUUUGAUUAAGGAAACGAAACCUUAAUUAAGUUCCCACAUUUUUAGUGGUAACACCCAUACAAACUCCUUACAUGAACGCAUACACACAAAUGUAACUUCUAUGCUCACUGUGAAACAAACAUCUAAAAUGCUAUCACUGGUACAAAUAUAUACGCAUGACACGCAAACAUACCGCUAAAACGUAAACAUAAUUUUUGUGCUCCCCAACACGAACGCUAAUAUUAAUUAAGAAGUUAAAAAAUUUAGAAUUUUGGCUCAUCCAAGAAACAUGACAAAAUUAUAUUGUUAUGAAAACUAUUACAAAUUAUUUAGAAAUUUUAUCCCAAUGAUUGAAAUCGUUACAAAGUAUGUCAUUAAUUUAUCUAUUAGGUAGAAGUUAUAACAACCGACCAAGAGCAACCAACUAUUUCAUUACGUGAGCGUAGAUGUAUAUUGAUAUCUACACCCAAAGAUCUUACGUUUGGUAUUUACGAUUUAUCAUACAUUAUUUUUGCAACUUCUUGCAGAAGUAAAACGAAAAUUGUUACUAUACUAGUAGAGCCCCAAACGGUUUUCGUCGAUUUUGAAUCAAUUGAACAACACAACUUACAAUUAUAAAUAAUAUUUGAUAAAAAUAUAUACAUUUGUUGACUAACUCGCAAUACAGCAUUUGUUCAUUCAUAUCAAGACGAUAUAACAUGAUUUCAUGAUAAAGAAUACUAGCUAGAUCUUGAUCGCAAAGAAGUGACAAUCCCAUACCCGACCAAAACAAGGAGAAAAAAUAGUGAAGCAAUGUUGCUUCAACUUGCAAGAAACAAAUAGAGGAAACUACAUAGGUAAUAGUAUUGAAUUCAAUAUACAGACAAAAACCUAUUCAACACAUAAAUAACAAAAACCAUGAGAAUUUGAAAGUGGGCCAAAGAAAUCUUAAGGAAAAGAGAUGGGAUAUUUUGUCCAAAGAAAGCAAAUCUAAUGACUUAUUUACUUUUGGGUUGGACCCACAAGAAGAUUUGAUGUCUCACUUUCUCUUCUUUGUCUAUAUAAACGCAAGUCACACACUAUUCUCUAAAAGUGUUCUCCUUCUUCUUCUUCUUCUCUUAUUAUUGUCUUAAGUCUCAAAAAUCUUUUUUUUUUUUUUUCUAAAUGAGACAAAAGGGUCACAGACAUGGACGACCAGCAUCGCCCUGUGCCGGGUGUAAGCUUCUCCGGCGGAAGUGUGUGAAAGAUUGCGUCUUUGCUCCAUAUUUUCCGUCUAAAGAACCUUACAAAUUUGCCAUUGUCCACAAGAUUUUUGGUGCUAGUAAUGUCAAUAAGAUGUUGCAGGAGCUAUCGGAGAACCAACAGGGCGACGCCGUGAAUUCUAUGGUGUACGAGGCCAACGCGAGGGUGCAAGAUCCUGUGUACGGAUGUGUAGGGACAAUUUCUUCAUUACAAAGGCAACUCGAGGCUCUCCAAACUCAACUCGCUUUUGCUCAGGCCGAGUUGAUUCAUAUGAGGACGUCGACGCUCUGCCGUAUUGACAUCAAACCUUCGCCGUACACACCGAGCACCGUUACUUUCCCGACGAACAAAGACUUCUCCAGUGACGUCGACAUGGCUUUUGUGUAUGAGGAUGGUUCGGGAGACUCCCUUUGGUCGUGCUAGCUUUUCAAUUAGCACUCUAUCUUUGCAUUAGUUAUAAAUAAAUAAAUUAUAAGAUGUGUAUAUGUACAAGAUAAGUAUACGAUUAAAUUAAUUUACAGUAGUUGUCCAGAGGUAGAAUAGUUAUUAUCAAGUAGCAACUACAAGUAUUAAGGUUAUGGACUUUAUUUCUCUCUGCCUUAUUUUGGAUGUAUAUGUUACAUAUUGAUAUGUUGGUUUAUAUCAUUAUAAUAACAUCAAUUAAAUUU